ACAGAGGAGUGAUGCAAUAGAGGAAUCCAAGGCAUUUCAAGAUUUGCGCACUCACAGUUUCCCCCUGGGAGGAGAAACACCAGUGAAGAGAAAAACAAUACAACAAAAACCAUUACGGACAGUGUCAUGUUUUCCAUCAAAUAGAAAAGAGAAAGCGAUUGGUAUUCUUCCUUCUAACAGCUCUUUGUUACUCGGGAAAAUGAGUGGAAGACCAAAGUCUAGAAGACGGGCCAGGUAUUUUAGAGGUCGUGCUGAAGAAGGAAGUAGUAGUGCCAGCAUGAAUGUCAUACACCCAGAGCCCAGGAACCCUGACUUCAGGGGGUUAACUCGAUCGUGGAAGACUAUCCUAAGUGUGGUGUGUACACUGACUUUUCUUCUUAUAGGAUUGAGAAAUCACACGCAGCUUAAAGAAACAGAAUUUCCUCAGAAUACCAGACAUUUUUAUGCUCUAAUUGCAGACUAUGCCUCAAGGCUUUACAAUUACCAGAUAAAACUUCGAACACCCAAAGUACAACUGGAACUUUUAAAGAAGGAAAGUCAAACUUUGGAAAAGAACUUCCAGGAAAUUCUUGUUUUAAUUGAACAAAUAGAUGUUCUGAAGGCAUUACUUAGAGAUAUGCGGAAUAGUCUAUCCAAUUACAGCUGGGAGACAGGUGGAGAGCCUACUGAGGAUGAGGACCACAUGGGGGUCGAGGAUGAGGAAAUGUCAAACUUGGUAGAUUAUGUACUUAAAGUGUUCAGAGAAGACCAAGUCCAGAUGGCUGAUUAUGCCCUUAAGUCAGCAGGAGCCUCCAUAAUUGAAGCUGAAACCUCAGAAAGUUACAAAAAUAAUAAAGCAAAACUUUUCUGGCAUGGGAUUGGGUUCUUAAAUUAUGAAAUGCCUCCAGAUAUUAUUCUUCAGCCAGAUGUCCACCCUGGAAAGUGCUGGGCCUUUCCAGGUUCCCAGGGUCAUGUCCUAAUAAAGCUUGCCAGGGAGAUCAUACCAACUGCUGUCACCAUGGAGCACAUCUCAGAGAAGGUGUCUCCCUCAGGAAACAUCUCUAGUGCACCCAAGGAAUUUUCUGUCUAUGGUAUCUUGAAACAAUGUGAAGGAGAAGAAAUUUUCCUAGGUCAGUUUAUAUAUAACAAAAAAGGAAUCACGGUUCAAACAUUUACAAUCCAGCAUGAAGUUUCUGAAUCUUUAGUAUGUGUGAAACUUAAAAUCCUCAGCAACUGGGGACACCCGAAGUAUACCUGUUUAUAUAGAUUCAGGGUCCAUGGAACCCCAGGAGAUCAUACCUAGAACUGUUGCAGAAAGCCAUGAUCUCAGGUCCAGAAAAUCCAAAGAUUCUUAUUCCCUCAUAUUCACCACACUCAUAAGAAUAAAAAUUGGGAAAGGGAGGGAAACCUAAAAAUGGUUCAUAC